AUGGCUAUAUCAGCAUUGUCGGAGCACUGUAUUCCACUCCUGGAGGCGUUGUGCUCAACAUAUGAUAUCGCCACCCAGCCCGGCUUUUUUGACUCGGCCAUGCUUGCUAUGGAGCAGUCGACAUCUCGAUUUAUUUGCAUCAGAAAUAGCGCUCUCCUCGGUCAAAUGAAGCUUGAUGAAAAUGAGACGAGGCUCUUGAUUCGCACGAUAAUUGGACAGAGACUGGGGAGGCUGUUGGAUGUGAUGGAGAGCCUGAAUAGCUCUCUCUUGAUGAUCCUGGCAGUUGCCCCUUCGCAACAAAAUGGAGCUGCGCCAUUUCGCACCCUGAGGUCUUCAGUCAAGUCAAUCAUUACCCGAUUGAGAGGUUUGGUGAAGACUAUCGAUGAACGCGACGCUAUUCUGUUGGCUUGA